CAAGAGGCACUUCAAGGAAUGCAUCAGUUUCAUCCACCAGUGCCGCCUGCACGGAGGGAACUGCCUCGUCCACUGCCUGGCUGGCAGCACCACCGUGGUCGUCGCCUACGUCAUGGCCGUCACGGAGCUGAGCUCCCAGGAGGUGCUGGACGCCAUCCGAACCGUCCGCCCCGUCGCCAACCCCAACCCCGGCUUCAGGCAGCAGCUGACUGAGUUCGGUGGCGUCGCAGCCCGCAAGGUCCGCAGGCAGCUGAAGCAGAGGUAUGGGACGUCUCCAUUCAAUGACGAGGAAGAAAUCAAGGCUCUGCUGCCAGUGGGGAGAGCAGGACCGGCCAGGACGGAGGGAGCUCGGCAGGGACUGGUCCCGAGAGCCAGGGACAGGAGGAGCACAACUCCCUUCCUGCUGCGGGUGAAGAGGACAUUCUCCUGCAUCCCCACUUGUCUGAAGUGA